UUUGGAUUUUGACCUCCCGUCUCAAGAACCUCGUCGGUAAAAUUCAUAGCCUUUUUCUGAGGUCUCUUAUAUUCCAAGGACUUCCAGAUAGGGUCAUAAUGUAUUGAAAAGAAAGUGUUCUUUCUUCUGCUUUUGAUUUUUGACAUAGAAUUUUGGUAGAGACGAGAUAAUAGUUGCGUGAACAAAUAUAGGAGCUGUGUUAGCUAGCCAUGGCUUACGUUCGCGUAGCUGGUACUGCAUUUGCUUUAGGAUGUGGUCUGUAUGGAUACAAAUACACCAAGGAUUUCUUUGAUAAGAAGAAUCAAAUAGCAAUAGUGCAAGCAGCAGAACAAGCAAACCAGAUUGGAAGGACACAUAUUCCACUGCCCACAAGGUCAGCCAAUAUUGACAAAUUAAAAACAACUAAAGAAUUUGAUGUGUUGGUGAUUGGCGGUGGAGCUACUGGUGCUGGUGUGGCUCUUGAUGCUGUGACUAGAGGUCUAACUACAGCAAUUGUUGAAAAAGAAGACUUCUCAAGUGGAACAAGCAGUAGAAGCACUAAACUUAUACAUGGAGGGGUGCGCUACCUUCAAAAAGCAAUCAUGAAUCUUGACCGAGAGCAGUACAAGCUUGUCAAGGAAGCACUGCAUGAGAGAGCAAAUCUUCUUGCUAUUGCACCUCAUUUAUCAGGACCUUUGCCGAUAAUGUUACCUGUCUACAAAUGGUGGCAGUUACCAUAUUUCUGGGCUGGCAUCAAGAUGUAUGACCUAGUGUCUGGAAGACAACUAGUCAAAAGCAGUUAUCUUGUAGGCAAAAAGAAAGCUCUGGAACUCUUUCCCAUGUUGAAGAAGGAAAAACUCUGUGGUGCUAUUAUCUACUAUGAUGGUCAGCACAAUGAUUCUCGUAUGAAUAUAGCAAUAGCACUGACGGCUGUUAGACAUGGUGCCGCUGCUAUCAAUCACACAGAAGUACUGUCACUCUUAAAGAAAACUACCAAAACAGCUGAAGGCAAGGUACAAGAGGUAGUAUGUGGUGCUCGCAUGAGGGAUAACCUUACUAACGAAGAGUAUGAUGUCCAUGCCAAGUGUGUCGUGAAUGCUACUGGUCCCUUUACUGAUAGUAUACGUAAAAUGGACAAAGACGAUACCCCAGAUAUAUGUCAGGCUAGUUCUGGGGUUCAUGUUGUUCUUCCAUCAUAUUAUAGUCCAAAAGACAUGGGUCUGUUAGAUCCAGCCACUAGUGAUGGAAGGGUCAUUUUCUUCUUGCCCUGGGAAGGUCGUGCGAUAGCUGGUACCACAGACACACCUACAAAAGUCAGCUUUGAACCAGAACCGCAGGAGGCAGAAAUUCAGUUUAUUCUCAGCGAGAUUAAACACUACUUGAAUGAAGAUGUAAAUGUUCGUCGGGGUGAUGUGAUAGCAGCCUGGAGCGGCAUUCGCCCUCUCGUCCGAGACCCCAAAUCUAAAAGCACCGAAUCGAUUGCACGUAAUCACGUGAUCGACGUCAGUGACAGUAACUUAGUCACCAUAGCAGGCGGGAAAUGGACUACCUAUAGAUCAAUGGCUCAAGACACAGUAGACACUUGCAUCAAGGCCUGUGGGCUCACACCUGCACGUGACUGCCAGACAGAUGGUCUGCUGCUGGAGGGAGGGGUGGGGUACACACCAAACUUGUUUAUUCGACUGGUUCAGGAUUUCGGUCUGGAAGAAGAGGUUGCAAGAAACCUUGCUCGUAGUUAUGGUACCAAGGCUCCACAGGUAGCCCGUCUAGCAAGUCUGACAGGCAAACGAUGGCCCGUGGUGGGACAGAGACUUACGCCAGACUUUCCCUACAUCGAAGCUGAGGUUCGAUACGCCGUACAGGAAUAUGCAUGUACCGUUGUUGAUGUUCUAGCGAGAAGAACACGAUUAGCCUUUUUGAACGUACAAGCUGCUAAUGAAGCUAUACCCAGGAUAGUAGAAAUAAUGGGUCGAGAAUUAAACUGGAGCAAGGAAAGAAAACAGCAAGAACUGCGAGAGGCCCGACAGUUCCUUGGUCACAUGGGGAUGGAUGUUCACGAUAAAGUAAAACGAGUUGAUGUUAACUUUACCGAAAAAGAAAUCGAACACUACAAGAAGGCAUUCCAACACUUUGACAUUGAUAAAAGUGGUAGCAUAACCUUUAACAACCUGAAGAAACUGUUACAAGAAGAAGGAGAUAGUAGCGUAACAGACGACCAGUUACGUGAACUUAUUAGUGAAGUGGCCACUACUGAAAGCAAUGCUAUUCAUCUCGAAGAAUUCUUGCAGUUGAUGAGUGCGCAUAAAACUGGAGCCUUAGCCAACAACCGUUUUGCCGCCAUCAUACACCGUCAUUAUGGACAUCUGAAUCAAAAUAUUCCCGUGGAACGUAGCGGGGGUGGUGUCUAGUCACGUGGUACAAGCCAGUUCGACUCCUUAUAAUAAAAAUAUGCCUUCGCUUUAAAGAUUUCGUUCUUCAACACUUCUCCAUAUAACUAAGAUACUUCUAAUAACCGUUUUACAAGAUCCACACAUCUUUUUCUUCGCAUUUCUCAGACGGUUCCCCAAGGCUGUGAAUAUUUGUUCCAUGAAUGGAAACGAGUGCUUGGUUCAAGCAAAUCCAAACCUUGCGUUCGUAGUUUUAUCUCAGGUCAGGUCGACCAAGAGAAGAGGCAGUAUACAUAAAGCCGUGAGAAGACCUUGGUCGUAGGAAAAAGUCUUCCUUUCCCAGGGAACGCCAGAAACAAGAGAUCUGCACCAGCAAUAGGGUCACACACCUUCAUGUAAAUGGGGCCAAACACAGGCAUCGUGGUUCUUGUUCUUGUUUCACUUGCAAAUGUAAAGUGAUUUCAGCGUGAAACAAAAAUUAUUUGCCUAAGGUGUUUAAUCUGGUAGUCAAAUAGUAACAAAAGCAAACAAUGAAAAUAAGAUCUAUAAGUCGACUUACCAUGGGUUAUGUAAAUCCACUCUAUUGGACCCGCAACUCUUAUGUUGUCCAUAUGAAAUGGGUGCACAUGUAUUAAUAGUAUUGCAAUUUUCCCAAUUUAGCGAUGCAUACUUGCACGCUGUUAACUACUUAUGAGGUACAUAACAAUUGAAGUGCAAAUGGACUACCUAGGUUUUACUAAAAUUAUUAGUACUUAUACCUAGGUUUUACUAAAAUUAUUAGUACUUAUACUGAACACUUAUGUUAAUUUGUAUCUGAUGUGUGGUAACAAUGCUUAUACACCAAAAUGAAAAAGGUUUAAAUAAAUGAGAAACGUAA